UAUAUGGGGGGAUGUCCUGCGAUGUUGACGCGAUCUAAUCGAUUUUGUGACAGACUCCUUACGAUAUAUAAGCAUGACAUCUUCAUUUCUAAAUGACUGAGACUGAAGAAGGAACUCACAGACACCUGUUACUGAACAUCAAGCGUCCAAAGACACAUUGCCCUGUAUCCAGAGCCAGCAUGCUGCCUGACGCGUUAUCUCAGCCGGUAACAAAGUGCCUGAUUCCGUCGCGUUUGGGAAGCGUCGCGUUCCUGGUGCUGCUCAUUCUGUCCACGACUGCGUCCUAUGCACAUGGCACCACAGUAGAGCACGACCUCCACAUCGUCCACAACGUCGAUAACAGAAGUCCUGAGAUUGACCCAUUCUGGUAUGUUGGGCGUGGUGUGAGACCCAUCGGGCGAUUUGGGAAGAGGCAGAGUGCAGGCGGUCUACAACCUGUGGUCAAGUCUCUGGAGCUCCUAUUAAACACUCUCAGGAAUAAAGAGAGUUUGCGUAGUGUACUGGCACAGGAUGAUUCAGACUGGUUACCAUAACAUCCACAUGCCUUCAUCUGCCCGCUGUCUGUAAUUAUUGAAGUGUAUUAGUGUUCAACUGAUCCGUUUUCUCAUAUUCUUUAUGACUUUGUCUCCCACAACAUUUAUUUCACAUAAAAUGACUGGCAAACGAAUAUAUCUGUACAUAUAACAAAUGCAAUCUAUAUUAAUAAAUAAACUGACAAAUGUA